AUGAAGCUCAACAACACCGAGUCGGAAGUGGACGGCCACCAGCGGAAGCAGACAGACAACCUCUACGAGCUCUCAGUCAAUAUCUCUAGUGCGGUGGAGACAUAUCUCGGACGACUGGAUGCAGUCGGAGCCGAACGGCCUACGCUGGACGAUCCAUUCCCCGAGCUUAUUCACGAUGAAGGAGCUCAGCUCGCUCGAUUGAGGAUUCUCCGCUUGUGCGAGCGCCUCAUGGCACUGGUUCAGGGCCCAGUCCAAUGGCUCAUGUUUCAAACCAUGUCGUUUAUCGAUCCCGCUUGUGUUGGGGCGAUUCUAGACAUGGGGAUCCAUGAGAUCAUUGCUCCCGGUCCUGAACCAACGUCCCUGGAUGAGAUUGUUGAAGCUACUGGCGCCUCAAAAGAUAUCCUGAAGCGGGUUAUGCGUGUCUGCACCCAACGAUUGGUCUUCGAUGAGAUUGCACCAGAACAAUUUGUUCAUAAUGGCGUAUCCAUGCAGUUUCUUGCACCUCCUGUCCAGGCACUGAUCAGUCACGCCUGUGAUGAUGGCCUGCGCAUUGCGUCCCGAUUCUCUGACGCCCUCAAGAAGACAAAUCUGAAGGGCAGCGAUAGACCGCAAGAUACGGCCUUUAGCCUGGCCUUUGAGACAAACAAAGGUCUCUUCGACUAUUUCUACACCGAGGACAUUGCUCGCGGACAACGCUUCGGACUCGGCAUGGCAGGUAGCGAGAUCAUGAAGUCCCUCACUGAAGACAUGUACCCAUUCGACAGCCUUCCUCACGGUGCGACGGUGGUAGAUGUCGGGGGCAGUCGUGGUCACGUCAGUGUGCGCAUUGCUGAGAAGAUCCCGGGCUUGAACUUCGUCGUACAAGACGAUGCUGCAAUCCUCGAAGCUGGCCAGGCAGAAGGAAUUCCCUCGGCUGUUAAGGAGCGCAUCGAGUUCAUGCCGCAUGACUUCUUCAAGGAGCAGCCGGUCAAAGGAGCCGAUGCGUACCUUUUGCGCUUUAUCCUACACGACCAUCCCGAUAGUGUCUGCGCGAAGAUUCUGUCCCAUAUUGUGGACGUAAUGGACCCAGAGAAAUCCCGAAUUCUGAUCGAUGACGCGAUUGUGCCGAGUUUCCUGGGCCCUGAAAGUUCUCGGUUUUUCAAUCUCCUUGACCUCUAUAUGCUCUUCUCUCUGAAUGGAAAGGAAAGGACGCUGGAGCAUUGGAAUCAGUUGAUCAAGAUGGUCAGUCCCAGGUUGGUGUUGGAGAAGAUUUGGAAGAAGCCAGGCAGCGGGCCUGAAUCGGGUACUGUCUUGGAACUUCGGCUGCGGGCAGAAGAAGUAAAUAGCGCGCAUGAUCAGCAGUAG